AGUUAGAAUGAUGUUGUAAAAUGGUAACGUAGAUCUCUCCGCUGGAGACACCAACAAUCAUGUACAAAUCAAGAAAGAAAGUAGUUCGGGCUGUGCUCAAACGACGACGGUCCAGUUCGGCGUCCAGCAGCAACCAAUACGCUAAUAUGGGAUGGGGUAGGCCGAGCGUUUUGCACGCAGUAGUUGUGAUCUUCCUGGAGUUCUUUGCGUGGGGUCUUCUAACUGUACCCGUGGUCAACGUCAUGGCUCGAGCUUUUCCUUCGUACACCUUCCUUAUGAACGGCAUGAUCCAAGGAGUCAAGGGUAUCCUGUCGUUUCUGUCAGCCCCGCUGGUUGGAGCUUUGUCAGAUGUAUGGGGGAGGAAGUCAUGGCUGCUAGUCACCGUUUUUUGUACCUGUCUUCCCAUUCCUCUUCUUAAAAUCAGCGCUUGGUGGUAUUUUGCUGUUUUCUCUCUGUCAGGAGUGUUCUCUGUCACCUUCUCCGUGGUGUUUGCUUACGUGGCGGAUAUUACUGAUGACAAUGACAGAACGGCUGCGUAUGGCAUGGUGACAGCAACUUUCUUCGCUAGUUUCAUCGUGUCUCCCGCUCUGGGAUCGUACGUUGCAGAAACCUAUGGAGACGUCAGUGUUGUUCUUCUUUCAACAGCGAUAGCACUGCUGGACGUGCUGUUCAUAGUGGUUUGUGUCCCAGAGUCUUUGCCAACACGACCCAAAACGUGGGGUGCUCCAAUCACAUGGGAACAGGCGGACCCCUUCUCGACUCUGAGGUCAGGUAUGGGCAACCACCACAUCCUACAACUGGGCCUGAUCAUCCUACUGUCCUACCUACCUGAAGCAGCUCAGUACAGCUGUAUGUUCCUCUAUCUCAGACAGGUUAUACACUUCUCGGCGGAUGAGGUUGCAACGUUCAUCGCAGUUAUCGGUGUCCUAUCGGUCACAUUCCAAACUCUGAUCCUGGCAUUCCUGUAUAACUGUGUGGGCCACAAGACCACUAUGGUAAUAGGACUGGCAUUCCAGGUCUUACAACUGGUUUGGUUCGGACUAGGGCUCAGCAAGUGGAUGAUGUGGUGUGCGGGAGUGCUAGCUGCUGCUAGUUCAAUAACCUACCCAGCUAUCAGCGCCUACGCUAGUCAGAACGCCGACUCAGAACAGCAGGGUUUACUGCAAGGUAUCUUGACUGGAAUCAGAGGACUGAGUAAUGGGUUUGGGCCGGCUGUGUUUGGUCUCCUAUUCUUCUUCUUCCAUGUUGAACUGGACGAAACUGUGCUGGACGAAAGUAUACCUAAAGUUGCAGAGGAGGACCUUGGCAGAUUUACUUCAAUGUCCCUACCUGGUGGACCCUUCCUGUUUGGCGCCCUGCUCGCAUUCAUCGCCCUCCUCAUCACAAUGUCCCUCCCUGACGAUGCGCCACACAAGGUCGACCUUAAGAAAAAGACUGAUAUAGACAACGAUUCACUAGAAUCUGGAUUUGUUAAUCAAGAUCUCAGUCCCCUUUUGUCAGACUCUAUAGCGUAGUGUUCCCAGAA